AUGAAACAUGAUUUUUUGAAGGAAAAGGAGUUAAAAAUAAUUGAGAAAAUCGGUGAAGGAGCUUUUGGAUAAGUGUUUAAGGGAUUGUAUAAAGGAGAAGAAGUAGCAAUAAAAGUAAAAUAUUGUGAAAUGAAUAGUCUAUGUAAGGGGCAUAAUUAUAGGAAACAUCAAUAAUGGAAAGUCUUAAACAUAAAAAUAUUAUAAAAUUUUACAAGGUUGAGAUUGUUAAGAUUAAAUAUAGUAUUUAAAGUAGGGAAAUAAUCAAUAUUUGGUAAUGGAAUAUGCUGGAGGUGGUUCUUUAAGUGAUUACAUGAAAUAAAGUUUAGAUGAGGAAACAAUAAGUUGUAUAAUGAAAUCAAUAUUUGGAGGAAUAGAGUAUCUCCAUUCUAAAUAGAUUAUUCAUAGAGAUAUUAAACCAGGUAUCGUUUUUGUAUAUAUAAUUAGAUAAUAUCUUAAUAAAAUAUAGUGAUGAUCUUUCAAGUGUUAAGAUUGCUGACUUUGGUUUAAGUUACUAGUAUAUGCCAGAAAUUCGUUAUUAUUAAACAGUUUCGUAAUAAUGUGGUACAUUUAUAUUUAUGGCACCUGAAUAAAUUUUAAAUAAAUCAUACAAUAAAGCAGUUGAUAUGUGGUCAUGUGGUGUUGUCUUAUUUAUGUUAUUAAAUCAAGGAAAGCAUCCAUUUUAUCCUAGAAUUUCAACCAAAAAGGAAUUUAUAAAUAGUUUUCCAGAUCUUAAAUAUGAACAACCUUUACAUGCAUCACCAUUGGCAAGAGAUCUUCUAUAAAGAUUAUUAUAAUAUGAUUAAGAUUCUCGAUAUACAGCUGCUUAAGCAUUAGUUCAUCCAUGGAUAACUAGAAAUUUUAAUCAUCCUAUUCCUAUGAGUGUUAAAGAAUUUGGAACUUGUCAAGAAUUAAAAAAAAAAGUAAAAGUUUUAUCAUAAAAAUUAGUUUUUUUAAUUCUUUAAGGCUGUUCUAUUUUUAAAUUAAGUACAAUAAGAUUCAAUUAAAUAAUCUCCAAUUCAAUCUAAAACAGAUUUAGGAGAUUUUAAAAUAUCAAUUGUUGAAUUUGAUGAAGAUAAUUAUGAUUAAGAAUGUGAAGAUACAAAUAGUCCUAAAAAUUAAUAAUUCUUUAAUAAAUUAUCAAUACAAAGACCUAGUAAAAUAUUAAAAUCAUAUCGAACACUUAAUAACAUACCUUAUAAAGGUAAACAUUAUUAAUUGAAUGCUAUUCUUAAUUAAACUAAUGAAUCACCAAUUAGAGAAUUAAAAAAAAUAAAAUUACAAUAAUAAUUUAGCAUUGAUAAUGAAUAAUUCAUUAUUCCAAUAGAUCCAGAGUCUCCUAAAAAAAAUCUAAGAGGAUCAUAAUCAAAUAAACUUCUUUUACCUGCAUUAACAGAAUCAACAUAAAUAUCCCUUAGUCCUAUUAAAUAAAAAUAAAAACCACUUAUCAAAUAAAAUUCUUUUCGAAAAUCAGAGACAUCUUUUUUUAUGGGGUUAAAUAGAAUGAAUAAUGAUUCUGCUUUAGAACCAGGAACUUUGAGGAAUAGAGUUGAAACAUAUGAUAAAACUCAAAUUCCUGUUAUAAAUACAUAAAGGUUUUAUGGAAGAAAUACAAUUACAAAUCUAGUGAUAUCUCCAAAGAAUAACAUUGCUACAUCAACCAAUCUUCUUAUACCAAAGAAAAUAAUAUGA